CCUGACCCAUCCCCCAAAAUCUCCAUACCGCGAUUCCGUAGGCCUCGAAACCGACGAUGACGCAGGUAUUGCUAUGCGAAAUAGUUAAUUGAUCUUUAUUGGGUUUCCUGUGCACUUCCCCCGCCGCACAGGUCGCUAUCAUGUCACUCCCUCUCCCACCCGCGUCGCAUCUCCAGGCCAUUCUCGUCGUCACGAUAUCGCGCUCACUGGGUCCUCGCCUCGUCUUCCAUUACCCACCUCUCUCGCCAUCUGCAGCUGCUCUAGCUACCAAUAACAUCCCUGCGUGGUUUGGAAAAGACACCUCAACCGGAAGUGUCCACUCGCAUGAUACGAGCAGCGAUUGGGACAGCGAUGCCGAAAACGAAGGCGGUGAAGACGAUAUCGAAGUCGGAAGUCGGACAAGCAAUGGGCGCGGUUCAGGCAGGACUGGCGCAACGAGUGGAAAAGACAGAGACAAACAUCGACACGCCACGGGCGCAUGGGGCCGUCAGGAGACCGUGGACGAGGAGGAUGUAGAUUUGGACGAUAAGCGUGGCAGGAAGGAUGAUUCGAUUGGGAAAGGCAUUGAAGAGGAUCACGACUGGACCAAUGUUCUAGGCUUCAGAGUUAGCGCGCUCGAGAAGAUGCUGUGUCCCAGCAGAGCAUUCAACAAGAAAAGAUUUGAGCUCGGGGUUGAGGGUAUAGUCUUCGUAGGAGCCCCCAUGUUUGUACGAGAUGAUGGACAAUGGAAGAAGAGACGGCGGAAGAAGGAUAAGAGAACAGAUGAGGAAAAGAUAAAAGACGGUGAUCUGGUACUUGAUUCCAAAGCGCGAGAAUCAGAGCCGGGAUCCAAAGAAGAGGCUGGAACACCACCCAAAGGCAAUGGCUUGAAACGAAAUGAGUCUUUCAUUUACCCCCCUCUCUUUGAGCCAGGGUAUGGCCAUUCUUCUCCGGAGGGAGAACCAUCUGUAGCACCUUCUGAAGCAGGCUCCGAUGCCAGGAGUAAUUCGACUACGGAUCAUUCGCAAGACGAUAUGACCAUGUUCAAUGUCGUGUUUGUUCUAAACCCUCCGGCACUUGAAUAUCAACUACGAGUGAAGGAAAUGUACGACAACGUCACAAGAAAGUUCGCCAAAGCACUCAAAUACGAGCAAGCUCGGUUUCAGUACGUCUGGAAAGAAUCGAAAAAGAUCAUCAAUAUCAAGCAGGCAGCGCGGGAGAAUGGCAAAGCCGUCACCUCUACAUGGCGUGAAAUUAUCAACGCCUCACCGCUCGCAAAAUCUGUAGCUAUACUCUUCAACGCCAUAUCCACCGAUAAGAUCGCCCAUAUACACUUCGACAAGACCUUCAAUACUUCUUUCCAGAUCCCGCAGGCGGAUUCCACGCCAUAUCUGCCCAGCGCCAUGGAGCCGCAAAUGCCCGGGCUAUGGCUCACAACCUCAAAUGUCAUCAGAGAGGAGGACGAUGCGCCAAUGACACAGCAUGCGGCCUUGCUUCUCCUCGAUGACCCAGAAACACUCAUUAAAGAGCUCGAAGGAGAUGCGAAGAACAACGCUGGACCGCUGGCAUUCUAUAUUCGCAAUAUCAUCCCCACCAAAAGCUUACAGAAGAUAUCCAUCAAGCACAAUAUCCUUGCUCAGGAUAUGGAGUACAUAGCCAGCCACUUGGUCUACUGGCGUCGUGCCAGAUUGAUCACUCCGCUACAUCCUGCCGACACGUACAUCGUUUCCCCGAAUGCAGACAUGUCAGCAUUAGCUGGAGCAAUUCCUGCUUUUACCGCACGUUUCCCUACAUCUCCUUCUUUAGCGAAGAUACUCAGCCUAUUGUCCGGUACUCCUCGACCUUUCAGAUUCUUCAUUCCCACCAAUGAACACAAGGACAAGUACAUGGAGAUAUUAGCAUGGCUCAUGCGUGGAGGAUGGGUCACGCAACUGCGGACCUUUGCGUGGGUGCGAGUAACACCAGAGAUCAAGGCAGCGGUCGCGGUGGACAUGGAACGUGAAGCUGAGGCAAAGAAAGCCGAGGAGGCACGUAGAGAUGUAUCUGACAACGAAUCUCUUCUGUCCGACAAGCGAUCCAGCUUCCUGUCAGCAGGACGACCCGCAACGCCAUUGAGACGACUUGGGAGGCGUGACCUCGAGGACGAGAACAUGGAAGCAAGCACAAUUCUAUCUCCCAGAACCGUACCAUAUAGGGGGAGCCCUGCAAAACCCGCGUCAGAUGCCGGAAGUACUGGCAGCGUCCGUACCGCUAUCGCUCUGUCAGGACGACCAGAAUCACCUAGCCAUCCUUCAUAUGUCCAGACGAAACCUCAUCGGCCAUCUCCACUACACGUCAAGACUGUCUCACCGUCUCGACCAGCGCACGCCUUGUCGCCUACGAGCCCGUCCCACAUGAGUUCGCCCCCGAACAUCGCAGCACCGCCAUCACCACGGCUCUCUCACAAAAACUACACAGCAUCGCUCGUCCUAUCACCACAAAAAGCAAAUUCCCUCGAGGCGCGGUGGUUAGAGAAGAUCGGACAGUCGUUCAAGGAUGAGGAAUUGAGGGCUAACUGGCCAAUGAUGCUAAAGUAUUUUGACGGAAGGCAGGCCGUGGAGGAUAUGGCACCUAGAGAAGGACUGAAAAGGAAGAAGUUCUGGGCGCUAGUUAAUGGAGUUAAAGAGGGGGAUUGGUUGGUUAUCGUCAAGCACUGGUAAUGAUCAGUCCAUUUUGUUGGAGCCUCAAGCUCAUUUUGAGAUACCCCAUGGAGUAACAGGCAAGGGCUGUGUUACAAUGAUGGAAUUGCCUUAGUUUAUGGACGUCUGUGAUACUCAUAAUAUGACAUUAUUAUUUUUUCCUAGUAAUA